CGAGGAAUAAAUUCGACAGUCGCCAUGUUACACUAGAGGUUUAAUGCCAUGUUUGUGAUGAAGGAAUUGGUGGGAAAGAUAUGAAACAACUCUCAAUAAAUAUCCGGUACGGUACUUGACCAUGGUCCCCCCACGUAGUGCCCAGGAUGUGUUACGGUGUGAUCUCUGUGAGACACCGGUUCCUCCUAUGUAUUGCGACAUUUGCCAUAUUCAUUUGUGUAAAGCAUGUGUAGGAGAACAUCUUUCCGAGUUUGCCAAAGAACACAAAAUUGUACCGUUUGAAAAGCGAGGAUCUACAACUAAAUGCCCAAAUCAUUCCUCAAAAAUAUGUGAAAAUUACUGUGAACAAUGCGAUAUUCCAAUCUGUGCGCAGUGCAUUUCUUCCACAAAACAUCAAGGUCAUACAUUUGUCCACAUAGUGAAAAUACUGCAAAAACAGAAGUCAGUUUUACAGAAAGAUUUACAAGAAUUAGAGAAGUUAAUUUUUCCCAAAUAUCAAGAGAUUGCAUCAAAAAUCCCGGUUCAGAGAGCUACCCUUUAUACAUCUUCACAGAAGAUUGCCUCGGAUAUCAGCAGACAUGGAGAAGAAAUGCACAGAGAAAUAGAUCUGAUUGUCAAGAAACUAAAACUUGAUCUUGAUGAAAUGGACUCCAAAUAUUUUACUGUCCUAAAUAAGCAUGAAAAUGACAUCAAACAUAUGCUGUGUGAUAUCACACAGACAAUUGCAGAUCUGAGAAAAUUAGUAAAUUCCGAUGACGUGGGCCUUAUAUCUGCCUACAAAUCCAGAAAUGCAGAACUCAGAAGAUUGCCACCUAAACUGACGGUAACUUUACCAAGCUUUUCUCCCCAGAAAAUUGAUCAGCACCAAAUAUACAAACACUUUGGCUCUCUAUCAGAAUUAUCAAUUAAAACAGAAGAACACAACUACACAAUUGAUUCUGCGAGUACUGAGCACUCUCCAACAGAGAGGUCCCUUAUUGAUGUGCCACAUAUCAUCACAGAGAUAAACACCGAUUAUAGAUAUGCUGAAAAUGUGUCCUGUCUGAGUGAUGAGGACAUCUGGAUUCGGGGUAAGAGCAACAUUUUGAAACUGUACAACCUCCAAAGAGGACUACUGAAGUCAGUCCAAACCAAGUCAGGGAACUGUGCAGCGGACUUAGCAGUGACAAGAAGUGGAGAUCUGGUUUAUACAGAUAAAACAAACAGAACUGUAAACAUGGUGAAGAAUAAAGAAAUACAGGCAGUGAUUACACUACAGGGAUGGAGACCUCAUGGUGUCUGUAUUACUUAUUCUGGUGAUAUCCUGGUGGUUAUGGAAAGUGAUGAUUGGCAAACACCAUCAAAAGUUGUGCGUUAUUCUGGUUCCACUGAGAAACAAAGUAUACAGUACAAUGACUAUGGACAAGCUCUCUAUUCAUCAGGUAGUUUUACUAAAUUCCUAAGCGAAAACAGGAAUCUAGAUAUAUGUGUGUCUGAUUAUAAAGAACGUGCAGUAGUGGUGGUCAAUCAGGCAGGGAAAUUCCGAUUUACGUACACUGGUCUUCCCUCUUCUACAGAAAAACCAUUUGAUCCAUAUAGCAUCACUACAGACAGCCAAAGUAAUAUCCUGAUAGCAGAUCUUAACAACCAUGGUAUCCACAUUAUCGAUAAAGACGGCCAGUUUCUCCGAUUUAUUGACAACUGCCAUUUGGAGAAACCUUUCGGUCUAUGUGUAGACACAAGAGACAAUCUCAUUGUGGUUGAUAGCAGAGCAUAUAAAGUAAAGAAAAUUCAAUAUUACAAGUAAUCAUAGUGUUCAUAUUUUCCAAAAGAAUGUGAAAUGACCAGGAAUAUACAUAUUGAAUGUAAAAAACAACAUUGAAUAUGUUUAUGUUUAAAACAUGUCAGCACAUAGUGAUGCUAGUGUUAAUGUAAUAGCAUACUAUACCUUAUGAUCAGGCUUGUUGUAAUAACUAAUGUGUUAUCAUGUACUCCUUUUAAUCAAUUUAUUUGACUAAACAAUCCACCUAUUUAUAAUCUAUAUAUUACUAGUUAACAUAUCGUAUAAAAUGAAUACUAUAGUGAAAUGUGAAAGUUUUAAAAAAGUUGGUUUUUUACAUAGGUUGUGGUUUUACGCUUUUAGCCAUACUGACAUUUCUUUUCGAGUCAGAUAAAAAUAACGAAGCUAAGUAUAAUUAUCUCUAACCUAAGUACAUGUACUUUGAUUAUUUUUUUACCUGAAGAGUUGAGAUCGUAUCAAUUAUUUUCAAGAUUAAAUAUAACUGAUUAUCUGUUAAUUUUAUAGUAAACAACAUUUGAAAA